CCAACUUGGUUUCAUCAGCCCGUUGAUCCAUCCCACCACAAACUGCCUUUGCCGCAACCAUGUCCCCAAUCUUCCUUGGUGAUUCGGAAGAUGCGGCCACUUGCAGAUGCGGGCCGCCAUCAAGCCCGAGCCCGGAGCUCAGCGGCACCGAAACGGCCCUGACCUCUGACAGCGAUGGGCCGGAGCUGCUCAACCCGGGUCCGCAGGGCCCAGAGCCCAUUGCGAUCAUUGGAAUGGGCUGCCGUCUACCGGGCGGUGCCUCGACGCCUUCCAAGCUGUGGGAGCUCCUGGAGGCAGGCAGGUCAGCGCAGGGCAGACUCCCAGCCGACAGAUACAACAUGGACGCCUUUUACCACCCCAACGGCGACCGUCCCGGCAGCAUGAACACCUCUGGCGGAUACUUUAUCCAGGAGGACGUGCGGGGGUUCGACAACUCCAUGUUUGGCAUCAAUCACCUCGAGGCCAUGUACAUGGACCCGCAGCAGCGGAAGCUGCUCGAGGUGACAUUUGAGGCGUUUGAGGCGGCGGGCCUCUCGCUGGACGCCGUGUCGGGGGCCAACGUGGGCUGCUACGUGGGCAACUUUGUGACCGACUUCAUCACCAUGCAGCUCAAGGACGCCGAGUACACGCACCGGUACACGGCGACGGGGUCCGGGACCACGAUCCUGGCCAACCGCAUCAGCCACGUCUUCAACCUCAAGGGGCCCAGCUUCGUCAUUGACACGGCCUGCUCCUCGUCGCUGUACUCCCUGCACGCCGCCUGCUCGGCCCUGUGGCAGCGCGAGUGCGACGCCGCCGUCGUGGCCGGCGCCAACCUGAUCCAGUCGCCCGAGCAGCAGCUCGCCACCAUGAAGGCCGGCGUGCUGUCGGGGACCUCGACCUGCCACACCUUUGACGCCUCUGCCGACGGGUACGGGCGCGCCGACGGCAUCGGCGUCUUGCUGGUCAAGCGGCUGAGCGACGCCAUCCGCGACAACGACCCCAUCCGGAGCGUCAUCCGGAGCACCGCCGUCAACAGCAACGGCAAGACCAACGGCAUCACGCUCCCCAGCGCCGACGGCCAGGAGGCGGUCAUCCGCAAGGCCUAUGCCCUGGCGGGUCUGGGCUACGGCGAUACCGACUACGUCGAGUGCCACGGCACGGGCACGGCGGUCGGGGAUCCGAUCGAGGUCGAGGCGCUUUCGCGUGUGUUUCGGCGGCAGCCGGGGUCGCAGCCGCUGCUGAUCGGGUCGGUCAAGACCAACCUCGGGCACAGCGAGGCCGCCAGCGGCAUCUCCAGUCUGCUCAAGGUGGCCAUGGCGCUGGAGUGCGGACGGAUCCCGCCCACCAUCGGCAUCAGCUCGCUCAACCCCAAGCUCAAGCUCGACGAGUGGAACAUGCGCAUCGUCACCGAAAACACCGAGUGGCCGCAGAACAGAACGCCGAAUGGGCAGCAAGGGGGAAGGGCCCUCCGCCGCGCUGGAGUAAACUCGUUUGGCUACGGCGGCGCCAACGCACACUGCAUCCUCGAGUCUCCCGACUCGCAUGUUCCUCGGGGCUACCGGGAGCGGGGUGCUGCCACUCGGCUGACCAACACCACCACCGGAGCGCCGAGGACCGCUCUGCUACUACCAGUCUCGUCCAAGAGCGCAUCGUCGCUGGAACAAAAAUCCGCCGACAUUGCCAGCUACGUCGCCGCCAAGACGGCCAGCAGCGCCGACCUGCAGGCAUCAGAACUGGCAUACACACUGGGCGUGCGGCGAUCACACCUCUCAUCGCGGGGGUUCUGGAUCGCGGCUCCAGACUCUCUGUCGGAAGACGUGGUCGUCGGCAGCGACGCGGCCAGCAGCAAGCUGCACACGCGCAUCCCCGGGCGGGCAUACGGCAGACAUCCGCUCGCGUUCGUCUUCACGGGCCAGGGCGCGCAGUGGGCAGGGAUGGGCCGGGAGCUGAUGGACGAGUUCCCCAGCUUCCGGCGGACGGUGCAGAUGCUCGACUCGACGCUGCAGCUGCUGCCGCACCCGCCGACCUGGACGCUGCGCGGCGCCCUGCUGGAGCCGCCCGAGUCCAGCUCCAUCAACCUCGCGUCGCGCAGCCAGCCCGUCUGCACCGCCGUGCAGCUCGCCCUGGUGCGCCUGCUGCGCGACUGGGGCGUCGCGCCGGGGUUUGCCGUCGGCCACUCGUCGGGCGAGAUCGCGGCCGCCUACGCGGCGGGCAGGCUGACGGCCAGGCAGGCCAUUGCCGUGGCGUACUACCGCGGCUACGCGGUGGAGCGCAGCACCACGGUCGGCGCCAUGAUGGCGGCUGGGCUGUCGCAGGACGAGGCGGACGGGGACAUCGCGGCGCUCGGUCUGGCGGGCAAGAUCAGGGUCGCCUGCGUCAACUCGCCCGAGAGCGUCACCAUCAGCGGCGACACCGACGGCAUCGACGAGUACAAGGCCGUGCUGGACGGUCGCGGGGUGUUUGCGCGCCUGCUCAAGACGGAUGGCAGGGCGUACCACUCGCACCACAUGGCUGCCAUCGGGGGGUUGUACGAGGACCUCGUAGUCGAGGCGUUGGCUUCUCCCGCAGUACAGAACGACUUGGACGACGCGGGGCAGCAGAAUUCGUCUCCGGCACAGUGGAUCUCCUCAGUGACGGGGCAGGUUGUGGGCGACGACAUGCCCACGGCCGAGCCGUCGUACUGGCGCGCCAACCUCGAGUCGCCCGUGCUUUUCGCCCAGGUGGUAGAGAAGCUGCUGUCGCCAGGCACCCCCGUCCAUCUGGUCGAGAUUGGCCCGCACUCGGCGCUGGAGAUGCCCAUCAAACAGACCCGCACCAAGGUGGGCAUCGACGCGGCCAAGACCCCCUACAACUCGGCCCUGCUCCGCGGCAAAAACUCCACCACCACCAUGCUGACCCUGGCCGGCGAGCUGUUCCUCCACGGACACCCCAUCGCCUUUGGCGCCGUCAACAACACCACCACGGCCCACACCCACUCGCGCUACCCGCCGACCAAGCCCGGCAUGCUGCUCUCGGCGCGGCAGCCGCAGGUGCUGACGGACCUGCCCAGGCACGUGUGGGAAUACGACGGCGGCGCGGGCUUCCACGAGCCGCGGUCCAGCAUCGAGUGGCGCAACCGCACGCACGCGCGCCACGACCUGCUCGGCUCUCGCGUCCCGGGCGGCGACGGCAUCACGCGCCAGUGGCGCAACGUGCUGCGCGCCGCCGACCUCGCCUGGCUCGUCGGCCACAAGCUCGACACCACCACCGUCCUGCCCGCCGCCGGCUACCUGGCCAUGGCCGUCGAGGCCGCCUGCCAGAGCACCGGGUUGAGCCUGGAGCGGUACGGGCGCGGGUCGCCGCGGUGCAGCUUUGCGCUGCGCCAUGUGCAUGUGGAAAAGGCCCUCAUGGUGCCCGACGACCAGCAGAGCGGCAUCGAGGUCUUUACCACGCUGCAGCCUACGACCGCUCCCCGCACGGCGACGGCGGGGUCAGGGGGGUGGUACAAGUUUAUAGUCAGCUCCUUCGUGGCGGGGGAGUCGACGCGACACGCCCACGGUCUGGUCAAACUGACGCAAAACGAGGACCGCCCGCCGGCCAGACGCCUCCCCGUCGAGGAUGAGGCCAUGGAGCAGAGCGCCCCGCGCACCUGGUACAGGAGGUUUGUGCAGGAGGGCCUGAACUUUAGCGGCCCGCUGCAGUCCCUCUCCAGGAUCGAAACGCACCGCCGCCGAGGGGAGAUGCACCUGCUGGCCCAGACCUCGCUCUCCCCGGGGCUCGGCGGCGAGUCGGCCUACGCCCUGCACCCCAUCGCCAUCGACGCGCUCUUCCAGUCCGGCCCCAUCGCCUGCACCCGCGGUGUCGUGCGCGACUUUACCGCAAAGGUGCCCGUGUACAUUAAGGACAUGGAGUUGCGCAUGCCCAGCAGGUCUCUGCUGUCGGGUUCUUUCGUCUCGCCAUCGGGUGAUGAGUCCGCCGAGGCGACUGCUCAGCAGGGCAGCAUCCGAACCAUCUGCAAGUCGGCCGGGCUCGGUGCAAUCAGUGUCGACUCUCAGCUGUUUGAUGGCGACGACCUUGUAUUGUGCGUCUCAGGCUGCCGCAUGGUGCCGUACAGCAGCGGCACGGCCGUGGGUGCUGCGGCAGGGGAUGGCUAUGAGCGUCACCCCAUGCUACAUGUGGCAUGGAAGCCUGACGUGGAGAGACUGGCUGAUGCGGGUAUUGAGCAUGGCGCCUCGGCCUUGACCGCGUACCUGUCCCAAUUCCAGGGUACCACUGUCAUUGGCGACGAUGCUGAUGGGGUGGCAGGGGUGCUAGGGGCAGCCAAGCUUGCAGGUGGCGUGCUUGACCUGGUGGUGCACAAGCGGCCUACGCUGCACGUUCUCCUGGCCAGCGAUUCGACGCAGGAUGACGGUGCUGCGAAGCACAUGCGAGAGCUCCUCGGGGUCGGCACUGCCUUUCAGCGUUGCCUCUCUCUGUGGAAGCGAAGCACCGACGAGGAUGGGGCCGUUCAUUUCCAAGACCUGUCUGCCAAGGAGGACACGACGGCCAACGGGACUGCUACUGCAGCUAGCUCUGCUCCACCAUCCAUCUUUGAUGUCUUGGUCAUAUUGGACUUGGAUACAUCUACCAAAGGAUCUACCUCAGCUGAUUUGGCCUCAUAUUCAUCCCUGGUUGAUGAGAAAAAAGGCACACUUAUCUGGAGCGGACCACCAUCCAGUGCAUCCACUGCAUCCAGUGGCUCCAUCCCGGCCAAGCUGUCGCCUCUUGGAUUUUCGUGCAUGGAAGCCCAACAGAGCCAUGGCACCCCAGUCUUGGAAGUUGUUCUGGCCCAGCGUGGCUUGCCCGAUAAGAAACAGGAACUUGGACAACAAGAGGUGCUUAUCGUGGAGAGAAACCCAGACCACAAGCUAAACAGCGAGCUUGCUCUCCACGUCGCCGAGCUCACCAACAAGCCCGCCAAGCGCGUGACCCUCGACCAACUAACACCAGAUCUGGCCACCGCCCACGCAACCGUCAUUGCCACCGUGGAGCUCGAAGACGCCCUCCUCGCCGACGUCAAAGACGGCGACUUUGCCCAGAUCAAGACCCUCACCGACCACUGCACCAACCUGAUCUGGGUCACCGGAGGCGGCCUCGCAGACGGCACGCGGCCGGAGCAGGCCGUGGUCUUUGGGCUGUCGCGCGCCCUCAUGAUGGAGCAGCCGUCGCUGCGCUUCUUCGUCGUGGGCGUCGACGGCGAGUGUGUGGCGGCCGAGACCACCGCGAGACAGGUGCUUGGCGUGGCGAGGCAGGCGCUGCUCGACGACGCCGAGCCGGACUUUGAGUUUGUGCAGGACGGCAGGGCAGGCGGCGCUCUCCAGGUCAGCCGCUUCGUGCCGGACGACGCCAUGAACUCCACCUUUCGGCAGAGGCAGCCCAACGCCACCGAGACGCUCGAGAUGAGACUGGGGGAUGCUCACCCUUGCCGUCUGAGCUUGGCUGGGCCUGUGGCGGCCAACAUGUCGGAUGCUUUUGUUUUCACCCGAGAUCUCACCCACAAGAACAACGACCACGGCAUUGGGCAGGACGAGGUCGAGGUCCAAGUCUUGACCGUGGGUCUACACGCACGGGACCUCCGCGCCAUGACCGGCGAGACGUCCGACGGCGACGGCGACACGCAGCCCCACGCCGUGACGUCGCAGUACGUGGGCAGAGUCGUCCGCGUAGGAUCGGCCGUCGAGGGUCUCGGCGUCGACGACAGCGUGCUGGUCAUGGCUCCGGGCCGCUGCGCCACCGUGGAGCGCAUCCCGGCCUCCUCAUGCAGCGUCCUCCGCGACGGUGAGGAUCCAGCCGCCAUGGCCAGCAUCCCACUGCCGGCAUGCACCGCCCUGUACGCGCUGCGCGACCGCGCCCGUCUCCAGCCGGGCGAGACGGUCUUGGUGUGCUACCGUGAGGCUGACGCACAUGGGCGCGACAGGUCUGGCCCCGCCGCUGUGCACAUCGCUCGGGCUCUGGGGGCUAAUGUUUUUGCUGUUGUGGUGGUGGAUGACGGGGAUGACGAGGCGAAACAAGAGCAGCGUUCGGAGAUAGUUGGCGAUCUCGGACUACCCGAAACACACGUCUCGUUUGUCAAGGUCGGCGAUGGUGCUGGAUUCGGUUCAGACAUGCUCAGCAGCCACGGCCGGGUGCAGGUGGUUGCAAACUUUUGCACCGACCGUUGGCCUCUUUCCAAUGUGGCGGCCCUGUGUGCCGACGACGCCCGCAUCGUCCACGUCGGGCGGGGUACGGUUCUGGGCGAGCUCGUAACCACUGAUCCGACCAUCCUGCGAAAGAACAUUGCCCUGUCGACGUUUGACGUGAACCUUCUUCUGACUCCAGUGCCAUCUUCGCCUUCCACAACCCGCAGCGGUCUUCUGCUGGACGAUGUACUGUCGCUGUGGCGCCAAGGCAAGCUCAAUGGCCUCCUCGGCACCCAACCUCGCCUCUUUGACGUAGCAAACCUAGCCGAGGCGUUCCGCGCCCUCAGCGGCAGCACCACCAAGGCGGGCCACACCACCCCCAGAGGCGCAGUCUCGGUCUCGUUCGAAGCCACCUCCCUCGUGCGCGUCGCCCCGCCCAACUACCACACCGUGUUCAACCCAGACAAGAGCUACCUGCUGGUGGGGUGCCUGGGCGGGCUGGGCCGGAGCAUGUCGCGGUGGAUGCUGUCGCGGGGCGCGCGCAAGUUCACCUUCCUCGGCCGCAGCGGCACGGACCGCGAGCCGGCCGCGCGCCUGGUGCAGUACCUCGAGCUGUGCGGCGCCAGCGUCACCGUGGUGCGCGGCGACGUGGUCGACGCCUCGGACGUGGAGCGCGCCGUCGCCGCCUCCGCCGCCGCCGGCCCCAUCGGCGGCGUCGUGCAGGCCGCCAUGGGCCUGGACGAGGCCCUCUUCACCGCCAUGCCGGCCGCCUACUGGCGCAAGGGCCUGGCGCCCAAGGUGCGCGGGUCGCUGAACCUGCACGCGGCGCUGGCCGGGCGCGACGCGGACCUCGACUUCUUCCUCAUGACGUCCUCCGUGUCCGGCAGCGUCGGCACGGCCACCGAGAGCAACUACUGCGCCGCCAACUACUUCCUCGACGUGUUUGCGCGCCACCGCCGCGGCUUGGGCCUGCCCGCCACCUCGGUCGGGCUCGGCAUGAUCUCCGAGGUCGGCUACCUGCACGAGAACCCCGAGAUCGAGGCCAUGCUGCUGCGCAAGGGCAUCCAGGCCAUCAGCGAGGACGAGAUGCUCAACAUGAUUGACAUAUCCCUGUCGGCGUCGUCGUCGUCCAGAACCAGGGGCUCCCCCGCGGCGGCCUGGCGCGGCACCGACCACGCCCUCGCCCACACCCUGACGGGGCUCGAGCCCAUUGGCGUGCGCGAGCUGCGCGCCCAGGGCUUCGACGUGUCCAGCCCCGUGCUGGGCGACCCGCGCGCGAGCCUCCUGGCCGCCGCGCUCGCCGCCGACGAGAACGAGUCUGCCGGUGCCGGUGCGGGCGGCGCAUCCACGAGCAGCGGGGGCCUGCCAGCGGGGCUGGCGCAGGCGGUGGCGGGGGGAUCGGCGGGCGCGGUGGCGGCGCAGGCGCUCGAGCUGGUCGCGGACAAGUUUUCCAACCUGGUGCUGGUGCCGCGGGACCGGCUUGAUCUCCUGCGCCCCCUGAGCGACGUCGGCGUCGACAGCAUGCUGGCGGCCGAGUUCAGGGGCUGGAUCUACCAGCAGCUCAAGGUCAACGUGCCCUACUUGACAAUGUUGGCGUCUACCACGACUUUGACCAUGUUGUCUGAAUUGAUUGCUGGGAAGCUUCUCGAAGCAUGAUUGGGCUCAUGUUGUUUGCAAACUUGAAAGGGAGACACACAGUGGAGCACGCCACGCUAGCUUUUGACUGCAAAAGCAAGAGUCAGCCACUGAACAAAAUACUGGGGUUGGAUCGAAAACACCCAAGUGCCCUUCUAGGGCAUUCAAGUGAACAGAUCAUCAUGACUGGCAUCUGCUAACUGCAACUAUCUAUCUCCAAUUUGUUAUUUUGAAAGUCAUAACCGUAGUAAAGAUGAUAAUUUAGACUGGGAUAGUUGAAGGUUCGUUUUGUCAUGUAUUCCAUCAAUUUAUGGAACAGUGACCCAUCCGGUCACAUUUCCGAAUAUGUU